CCGUUUCAUCUUAAGGGUAGAGACGGCUCAGAUUUGACAUUAGAUUUUCUUAGGGACCCCAUAAACACACUUGCUCAGUGGUUGAUUAGGUCAAGCAAGCACACUCAAGUGGAGCCAAGUGUAUAUGGGCCUCUAUUGUCUUUUGAGGAGGACACCAGUGCUUUACUGUUUGUGGAGUUUUUGUGAGUCAGCCGUAGAUGCUUAAGGGACAACAGAAUUAGUCAGUUUUUGGCAGAAAUUGAUAUUUGUUUUGAAGUUUCCUCAAGUUGCACGAGAAAAAAUUUACGAUAUUUGUGUGAUACAUCUUUUAUCCAUACACAGGAAAGUCCUUUCCCAGGUUGUAAUUUCUAUGUAUCAUUCAGUCGUUUCACAAUGGAUAAGAAAGGCUCUUGGAAAGACAUUUUGUUUGAGUAAGGCGUCUUUACCAUCGUGAAUUUUGAAAGCUGCGUCAUGAUAAAGUAGCUAACUGAAUUUUUACUAGAAUAAAAAGUAGAUGAUAUUAUUAGAGGAGGACUUAAAAUUUUAGCAUUUUACCUUUUAUUGAUAACAAAGCUGCAGUAGCGAGCUAUAUAUCGCGGCGUAUAGGAGGCGUUUCUAAUGAGAUUUGUCCUAGGUCAUAACCAGAAGUGCCCUCUGCAGUAGCAUCCUUCUUUCUCACUGAGAAUAGUUCUGUCGCAGACCAUAUGUGAGGCCCCAUUCCUUAGCUUGCUAUUCAUAUUGGAAGAGAAGAGAGGCUGAGCAGGUUCAUUAUUAUUAAAAGAAAUAAAUGCCGAUGGAGGAGGCGAAGUCGGUCGGCGUUUGUGGUGGCACAAGUGCUGAAACACCGACACCCGACACCUUCCGUUGCGAACUCUCCCUCUUAAAAUAAACCGAUGCGGAAUCCCGAUAAAGGUCAGGAUACAACGUCGGUCGAACCUCAGGGGGAUCUUCUCGUCUCUUGUCCUCGAAAGGAAAGGAAGAGGAAUUGACAGAAUCCAUAUUGAAAUCGACUCCAAGAUGCCGAUGGUCAUUCCAGAGGUUUCUGCCUACACGGGUCCCAAAAAUGCCCGAAAGCUCUCCCUGGACCCUCUGGCGGAGAGAUACAAGCUGAUAGGCACACAUUUCUGGCCCAGGUUCCAUCUGCAUCAUUAUGUCACCGGUGCCCGUGUUUGGAUCCCCGACCCUGAGCAGGUGUGGCGAUUCGCCGAGCUCACAAAGGACUACAAGGACAAUGUUGUUGCUGUCAUCUAUGAGGACGCACAGGGGAUCCAACGUACUGAAGAGUUUAAGGUCAAAAGUGAUGAAGAUUUACCUCCAUUGAGAAAUCCUGACAUCUUACUUGGAGAGAAUGAUCUAACGUCGCUCUCAUACCUUCAUGAGCCAGCUGUCCUUUACAAUCUUCAAGUACGAUUCUGCAAUCACAAUGCCAUCUACACGUAUUGUGGAAUUGUGCUUGUGGCCAUCAACCCCUAUGAUGAACUUCCCAUCUAUGGUCCGGAUACAAUAUCUGCUUAUAGGGGUCACAACAUGGGUGAUCUUGACCCACACAUCUUUGCAGUGGCUGAGGAAGCAUUUACCCAGAUGGAAAGGGAGAACAAGGACCAAAGCAUUAUUGUCUCAGGAGAAUCAGGUGCUGGAAAAACAGUCUCGGCAAAAUAUGCCAUGAGAUAUUUUGCUAGUGUUGGGGGGGCAGCAGAUUCAGAAACUCAUGUAGAGAAGAAAAUCUUAGCAUCUAAUCCUAUCAUGGAAGCUAUUGGCAAUGCUAAAACAACAAGAAAUGACAAUAGUUCAAGAUUUGGGAAAUAUAUUGAAUUAGACUUUACUCAAAAUUAUUCCAUUUUGGGUGCAAACAUGCGUACUUACCUUUUGGAGAAGUCAAGAGUGGUCUUCCAGGCACCAGAUGAGAGAAAUUAUCACAUUUUUUAUCAGCUGUGUGCUGUUGCUUCAGAGGAAAAAUUAAAACACCUUAGAUUAGGAGCUCCAGAAACUUUCCACUACUUGAACCAAGGACUUCAGGCCGUUCCGCGAGUGACACCCAGGAAGAAACGCAAGGGUCACCAAGAUAAUUUUCAUUAUCUCAACCAAGGUUUUAGCCCCCAUAUUGAUGGUGUAGAUGAUGGUGCAGACUUCCAUGAAACCUGCCAAGCAUUUAAUCUACUCGGCAUUCAUGAGAAAUCACAGGAUCAAAUCUAUAGGAUUUUAGCUGGUAUUUUACAUCUAGGAAAUGUUACAGUUGAGGAAUCGGGCACUGAUUCUUCAUCUAUUAGUAAAGGUGAUGAAGCGCUACAAAUAGCCUCAGAUUUGUUUGGGGUAGAUGUUGACGACUUAAGGAAAUGGCUGUGUCACAGGAAGAUUGUCAGUGGAAGAGAAGUUUUUAAUAAACCCAUGACAGUAACCGAGGCAACAUUUUCUAGAGAUGCUUUAUCAAAACAUAUAUAUGCCAAGUUGUUUGACUGGAUUGUAUCUGAAAUCAACAAAUGUUUCGCUGCCAAAACUCGGCCAUAUAGGUUCAUUGGUGUCCUUGACAUCUAUGGGUUUGAGACUUUUGAAAUCAAUAGUUUUGAACAGUUCUGCAUCAAUUAUGCCAAUGAGAAGCUACAGCAACAGUUUAAUCAGCAUGUGUUCAAACUGGAACAGGAAGAAUAUGUAAAGGAACAGAUCGAGUGGGAAUUUAUUAACUUUUAUGACAAUCAGCCUUGCAUUGAUCUUAUUGAAAGCAAGUUAGGCAUACUUGAUCUUCUUGAUGAAGAAUGUAGAAUGCCCAAAGGGUCAGAUCAAUCAUGGGUUGAAAAGUUGUAUGAUAAGUGCAAAAAAUGGGACCAUUUUAGCAAGCCAAGACUUUCCAAUACAUCUUUUGUUAUUGCACAUUUUGCUGACAAAGUAGGCUAUGAAUGUGCUGGAUUUUUGGAGAAAAAUAGAGACACGGUCUCUGAGGAGUGUGUAAAUAUUCUCAAGUCUAGUCAGUAUCCAUUAGUACGAGCUCUCUUUACCGAGAAGGCUAAAGGUGCUCAGACCAAAGUGAAAGUCAUGCCAGCAGGUCCGGCCAAGUCAAAAGAUAUGAGAAAAAGUGUUGGGUCCCAGUUUCGCGAAUCUCUGAGCCUGCUGAUGACUACACUGAAUAGUACUACUCCUCACUAUGUGAGGUGCAUCAAGCCUAAUGAUGAUAAGAUGGCUUUCACUUUUGAUCCAACGAGGGCUAUCCAGCAACUGAGAGCUUGUGGUGUCUUAGAAACUGUUAGGAUUAGUGCUGCUGGAUACCCAUCAAGGUGGACUUAUAAUGAAUUUCUUUGUCGGUAUCGAGUGCUGUGCAACUCGAGAGACAUUCAAAGGAAUGAUGUACGGGUUACUUGUCAGAAGAUCAUAAGCAAUAUGAUCAGUGAUGAAGAUAAAUUUAAGUUUGGACGCACCAAAAUCUUCUUCAGAGCAGGACAGGUUGCAUACAUGGAGAAGUUAAGAGCAGACAGACUGUGUGCUUGUGGUGUUAUGAUUCAGAAGAAUGUUCGUAUGUUUAUUGUUCGCAAACGUUACAGAACUAUGCGAAGUGCAGCACUGACUAUUCAGAGGUACUCCAGAGGCAUGGUGGCCAGGAGACGUGUCCACCAUAUGCGUCAAACUGCAGCAGCUAUUAAAAUUCAGGCAUGUAUGCGUGGAUGGCUCAAGAGAGUUCGCUAUCAACGACUUAAGUACACUGUUAUUAGGUUACAGUCUCGUGCACGUGGUACUUGGGCACGGCAGCGUUUCGAACACAUGCGACGUGUUAGAGCGUGUAUCGUCAUUCAGAAGCAUAUUCGGAAGUAUCUUGCUGUUAAACACUUUAGGAUGGCUGUCAGAGGUUUUAUCACCUUGCAAGGUUUGGUCAGGUGCUUCUUGGCUAGAAGGAUGUUGAAGAAACUCAAGAUAGAAGCCAAAUCUAUUGAACAUCAGAAGAAGCUGAACAAGGGAUUGGAAAAUAAGAUUAUCUCCUUACAACAGAAACUUACAGAGAUGAAACAUGAAAACAAUAAUAUUAAGGCGUACAAGGAAGAGAUUACCACGUUGAAAUCACAGGUUGUUGAAAUGAAAGCACUAGAGAAUCAACUGAAGGGAUCCACUAAUCGGGUCACAGAGCUUGAAGCCCUUGUUACAAAACUCACUGGAGAAGUUGAGUUUGAGAGAGGUGAGAAAAUGGAUAUCCUGACCCAGAAAGAGCAGGCUGAAAAGGACAACCGUGAGUUGGUGGAAAGACUUAAUACUGAAAAUGCAAGGCUUACUGAGGAACUUAAUGAGGCACAAAAAGAAGAGGUCAUGAGACAAGGCGAAGAACUGCUAAGAAGAAAAUUUGAAGCUGAGAAGCAACAAAUAAUUAUGGAAAGCUCAGAGGAGAAGGCAGCCUAUCAGAGGCUAUUAGCUGAGUACAAUAGAUUAGAGCAGAAGAAUGACAUUUUGGAGGAGCAGCUUGCUAAGGUUAAAGGUGGCAGCCAUAAGAGAAGUGCCAGCAAUGUAAGCAAUAGUGGAGCUAGCGACACUCCCACAGAACUGGUGAGAGAUGAUAUCAUGGAUCUGAAUUCCAUGAUGGGUGAUGAAGAUGUUGGAUAUGGCUCAGUCAGAAGCAGAAUGAGUGAAAAUUCAGAUUCCAGUAGAAAUUUAGAGAACAUUGAAUGGGAAUCUCCCCAGAAAAUCCCUAAUGCGGAUAUCAAGAUUCAAGUGCCAGAGAAGGUGGAGGAUAUCACCUUAAUCCUUCAACUUCAAAACAAAGUACGUGAGUUAGAGAAGGAGCGGAGAACUAUGGCCAGACGUGUAGAUCAACUGGAAACAUCUUCCUCUCCUUUGGAUGACUCACAACAUGCACAGGAAUUAAUUCGGCUUCAAGAAUUGGAAAUGGAAAAUGCCAAGCUCAAGGAUGACCUCAAUCGGUUGCGAAAGUCCAUUGCGGAUUCAGAACCUCAAAACAACCAAGUGCAAGAGUUUAUGAAACAAUUUGAAGCAUUGCAAGAUGAGCUUGAACGAAGGCGAGAAGAGUGCAUCCAGCUCAGGACUGUUCUUGCCAACCGUUCCCAUGAUAUCAGAUCUCUCACUGAGAACUCUUACGGUAAAGAUGUGGAUAUUGUUAAUGAAGAUGGGGAACUGGCAGUUGCAUAUCAAACACAGAAACAAGUCAAUAGACAACUCGAAGAGGAACUGAAGACUGAAAAGAUGCGACAUAAAGAAACAGAAAGUGAAUACAAAUCAGAGCUUGAACGCUUACGUCGAGACAAUGAAAGGCAACAGAAAUUGCUUUCCCAGAACUUAUCUAAAGGUGGUGGGUCACAUCCUGAGGCACUACUUCAGUCUGAAAUUAUGCGUCUCACUUCUGAAAACUUGAAUCUUCAAGGCCAAGUGGACUCCUUAACUGAGCAGCUUAAGAAGUACAAGAGAACUCUUAAAGCUUAUGCAAAAAAGCUCAAAGAAACCAGUGGCUCUGGAAGCAAACGGUCAUCAGCUCAGGGCAGUCCUCACGGUACAGAUCCCAGCGACCUGCUUGAUGUUACCAACAAUGAGACUGAUGUCAUGCCAGUCAUCCGGAAAAAGGAGAGGGAGUACAUGGGCAUGUUUGAGUACGACAGAUCUGAUGAAAUGCAGAUUAUACGGGUGCUUAUAUAUGAAUUGAAACCACGAGUAGCAGUAACGUUUUUACCUGGCCUGCCGGCAUACAUCUUGUUUAUGUGCAUCAGGCAUACAGAUCAUAUAAAUGAUGAUGAAAAAGUUCGCUCUCUUUUGAAUAACAUUGUAAAUGGUGUGAAGAGAGUGAUCAAGAAACGCCAUGAGGACUUGGAUUCAACUGUGCUUUGGUUAUCAAAUACAUUGCGACUUUUGCACAACCUCAAGCAGUACUCUGGAGACAAAGCUUUCCAGGCAGAAAACACUGUGAAGCAAAAUGAACAAAGCCUUAAGAACUUUGACCUCUCUGAAUAUAGACAAGUUUUGUCAGACAUUGCAGUAUGGAUUUAUAAUGGUGUUAUUAAACUAAUGGAGGAAAAAGUCCAGCCAUUAAUUGUGCCUUCCAUCUUGGAACAUGAAGCUAUUGCAGGCCUGUCUGGAAAUAAGCCUGGGGGCAUGAGAGGUCGUGCAGGAAGUGUAGCCCGUGAACUGGAGUCUCCCGUAGAGCCGCAAAAGGCAUUAGACCUCUUGCUUAAGGAGAUGACCCAAUUCUACCGCACACUAGCUAUGUUUGGUACAGAUCCUGAGCUUAUUACGCAAGUCUUUAGACAGAUCUUCUACUUUAUCUGUGCUGGGUCCCUAAAUAAUCUUCUUUUACGCAAAGAUAUGUGUCAUUGGUCUAAAGGUAUGCAGAUACGCUACAAUCUGAGUCACUUAGAACAGUGGACUAGAGAUAUGAGGCUCCAUGAGUCAGGUGUUACAGAUACAUUAGCUCCAAUAAUACAAGCAGCGCAGCUUCUCCAAGCUCGUAAAACAGAUGAUGAUGUUCAUUCCAUAUGUGAUAUGUGUGACAAGUUGUCAGUAUCUCAGAUCAUAAAAAUCCUUAACCUUUACACACCUGCUGAUGAAUUUGAAGAAAGAGUGCCUAUUAGCUUCAUUCACAAAAUCCAAACAAAGUUACAGGAACGAGCAGAGGGAGAACAAGCUCAGGCAACAUUGUUGAUGAAUACCAAGUUUGCCUUCCCCGUGAGAUUCCCAUUCAACCCUUCAAGCAUUCAUCUUGAGGACAUUGAAUUACCAGAUUCUCUAAACCUCAGCAUGUUGAAGAAAGUUUAAUAGGGAACUUAGGUUAUCUUUGAAAAAUGCUUUAAAUGGAUUGACAGUCCAUUGUUUGUACUUCUGUAAAUUUUAUACUAUGAUAAACAUUCCUUAAUAUUGUAUCUUUAUGAUUUUUACUUAACACAUUGAAAAUCAUUGUAUUCAUUUAGUUUUUAAAUGAAGAUGAAAAUUGCAUUUGUGAUUUUCUUUGCUUGAACAUAUGUAAGAGAAAUUUGCACAGAAAAAAGAUAUUGGUAGAAUUAAAAACAUUUGCUAUUAAUUUUAGGUAAUUUUGCAACAUCUGUGUUUAAUACUGGUAGUGGCCUGGAAGGCCUAACAAGACCUUUGUUCAAGCUAAAUUUAUGUUAACUGAACUUUGUGGUUAUCAUGAAGGUGCAAGAGAACAAGUCAUUGCAAGUACCUGUGUGACUAGAAUAAAAGCAUUUUAUUACUAGAAGUAAUGUGAUGGACAUUUCCUCCUCUUAUGCAUUCCAUGCACAUUCCAGAACCUUAGUUGAAUAUUAGUGUAUUAUAUGACUGAUAGUGUUAUUUAUUUAUUGUAUGGAUGUUCAGAGUUUAUGAUGAGCAUUGUUCUUGCUCCUUUUGGUUCCUACAUAUAAAAUAACAUAUAUACAGUAACAAUAGUAUGUAAAGAUAAUAGUUCAGCAUUGAGAAGUUAUUGUAAUUUUCAGUAAGGAAAUCAUAUACAUACUGUACAGUUGUAGUGUAAGGGAGUUUUAUCCUUCAAGGAAACUUGGUAAAGAUGUACUUAAGCAAAAUGCAAUUUCCUUGAUGAUCUCUUUCAAAACUUAAACCAUAUACGAGGUGAUAAAAACAGAUUGUUGUUCAGGAAUAUCUUGUAAAUAGUUGAUGUAUGUAUGUAUGGAAUUUAUUUACUACUGCAGCUUAGGUGCAUACAAGCACUGUCACAAUUGUUUUAGUUACAUGAAAUUGUCAAAACUUUGUAUUUGUUGAUUUCCAGCAAUGAUUUUUUUGAAAGAUAUAGCAGCUUGUGUGUUGUGUAAUUUUUGUGCAGAUGCAGGUCCUAAUAAUGUAUGUAGCUGAAAGGUAAAAGUUGGGUUAGUGGACACUGGUACAUCUACUGUUUGCUUUAAUAGGUAUAGCCAGUUGGUAGGUGACAUGUACACAUUUUUACAUCAACAGGCACUGGAUAAGCACUACAGAUUAUUUGCUACAUAUCACAAAAGAAACCCAUUAUAAAAGCAGCUGCCCCUUUUAUCACUCAAGAGAAUCUGGAUCUCGAGUUCGCUAAUAUAUUGCAUAAUUUUUAACUUCUGUGAUGUUGAUUAGUGGUUAUUUGUAUUCCAAAUGCAUAACUUUUUUUCACUUAAAUAUUAUGAGUUGAAAGCAGUUUACUAUUUUUGUCUGCACUGACCUGAUACAUUAUCAGAUCAGUAUAUUUUACAUUUGCAUAAACAAGAUGGAGAAAUCUGCAUUUAUUUUCUCUUAAUGAUUAAGAAUGUCUUGAGAUUGUUGAUGUAUAUAAGAUCUGAGUGGAUAUCAUAUUGCCCUGUGUUGCUUUGUGAUUAAAAUGUCAAUUGGAAAUUAAACUGAAAUUAUU